AUGGCCAACGCUAGGCAAAUCGUUCACCAGCAAGCCACCCAGGGCUUCACUGGUCUUGCUUCACCCAUCACCGUUCCACCCAUAGUCAACGAAAACUCAUGGCAGAUUCCAUCUUACGCCAUGCAGGCCAUUACCAAUAGCAUCCAAUUCCAUGGCCGCGAGGACGAGGACGCACCGGCCCACAUAAACCGGUUCUCCCGUAUCCUUGCUACUUUUAGCCUUCAUGGAGCACCUAAUGAUGCUACUUACCUUCAGCUUUUCCCAUUUUCACUAGCAGGGCGUGCGGCUACUUGGUUGGACUCUCAACCAACCGAUACCUUUACUACUUGGGCGGGGCUUCGUCAAGCCUUUUUGAACAAAUAUUUCCCGCCCGCUAAAGCCUCAGGUCUUAGAGACCAAAUCCACUCCUUUCGCAUGGAGCCCGACGAGCCUUACUACCUUGCUUGGGAGCGUUUCCAAAACCUUUGUGCUCGUUGCUCCCAACAUGGUCUUUCCGAUUGGGCUUUAUGUGAGAAAUUCUAUAACGGUCUCACCCAAGAGACUCGUGAUAGGUUUGAUACUAAUGCGGGGGGGGGGGGGGGGGGAGGGGGGCAUAUGAUGGGUAUUCUUACAGUUGCUGAGUGUUUAGAGCGUUUUGAGGCAUUUGCUCAGUCUCAAUCUCAAUCGCGAGCCGAUCAGCGGUAUCAAAGUGGUAAUUCUAAUACCACUACUAGUGCACCCGCCCGAGGGGUGAACCAUGUCACCAUGGAUCCUAGUUUAGCCGCUGUUUUGAAAAACAUGUCUAGGGAACUUAAGGAAAUUAAGGCUAAGGUAGACAAAUGUGAGUAUUGCCGAGGGGGUCACGAUACGAGUGCGUGUCCAUUGCUAGUUGGUGAGGAGCAAGUUGACUUCGUAGGAGGAGGUUUCGGUAGAGGUCAACCUAGCGGGUUUGCUCAAAAUCCAAAUAGGGGUCUAGGUUCACUCUUUAGUGGGGGUUCAAAUGGGCAGGUCAAGGAUGGGGGGUCAAGUAGUCAGGUUCAAACAGGUCAGGAUUCAAGUUAUGAUUUAGGGGGUAGUCUAGAAAGAAUGGAGGCAAUGAUGAGUCAAUUAAUUGUUAAGGACCAAACCACCCAAAAGAAACUUAGCGAACAUGACCUUAUGCUUAAGAAUCACCAAGCUGCUUUCCAAGACCUUCAAAGGGUUGUAGGUGAUAUGUCUAGGAAGUUAGAGGAGAGAUUACCCGGUCAGUUUGCGGGUAACACCCAACCUAACCCGAAUGCUCAUGUAAAGGCCAUUACCACUCGUAGUGGCAAAAUAGUAGGGGACCCUAGUGUUGAAGAGAGAGUAGUCGAUGAGGAUGGGGAUAUUGUAGACGAAGAGAUAGAGAUGGAGGCUCCUGGCAAAGUGCAAUCGAGGCUGCGCCCAGCAAGUACCACACAGCCCGGUGAGUCUCAAGGUGAGAAGAGAGUAGAGAAACCUCCCGUGGAUGUUAGGCCUUCGCCUUUAGUGAACCAUGCGUAUGUCCCGUUCCCUUCCCGUCUUAAGAAUAAAAAAUACUCGAGGGAAUACGGGCAAUUCUUAGACAUCUUCAAGCAAUUGAAGAUUAAUCUUCCUUUUAUCGAGGCACUCCAGUCCAUGCCUAAAUACGCGAAAUUUUUAAAGGACCUUCUUAGGAAUAAGGAGAAGUUAGGGGAGUUGUCGAAUGUCCCAUUGCAUGGAGGAUGUUCGGCCGUUGUCUCAAAUCAGCUUCCCGAAAAGCUUACCGAUCCCGGUGUUUUCACAAUUCCUUGUCUAUUCGGUAGUAACACUAAUACUAGAGCUUUAGCCGACCUAGGUGCUAGCAUCAAUUUGAUGCCCUUUUCUCUCUACGAAAAGCUAGACUUAGGCGAGCUUUCACCCACCCGAAUGACAUUAUCCUUAGCUGAUAGAUCCGUGAAACACCCUAGGGGCAUAGUCGAGAAUUUGCUUGUUAAGGUGGACAAGUUCGUUUUUCCGGCUGACUUCGUCAUUCUCGACAUGGAAGCCGAUGAAAACGUACCGUUAAUCUUAGGACGCCCGUUCUUGAACACCGCUAAAGCUCUCAUAGAUGUCUUUUUAGGCACCAUCACACUUAGAGCGGGCGAGGAAUCGGUAAUUUUUAAGGUUAUGAAUUCGAGAGGGCCUAGUGAUAGAGUGGAGGCGGUAUCGUCAGUAGGGGAGUGUGAGAAGGACGAGAAAGAGGAGGAGAAGGUGAUAAGUGAUCCGAGUCUAGAGAAGGUGAUAGGACUCAAAUGUGGGGAUCCACCGGAUAGGAGAGUAGAGGAAUUAGAGGAGAGGAUCGUGCGUUUAGAAUCUAAGAUAGAGACACUGAACAAGGCUCAGUGUGGGGAUGGAGUUCGAUAUGAAGAUUAUAGAUUCAAACCCGCCAGGUGA